GUUUGGGCAUGUUUGUUUUGUAUUCACCCAUUAUCACAGAAUCACACCCACACCAUGAUUGAAAUGCCCAUGGUCUGCUAGACGGUCCUUCUCCUCCCGUUCCUUACAACCGAGCUCGGCGACGGCUACGACGACGAUGCCCAAUUUAUUGCUCGAGUCUCUCGAUUCUUUCCCUAUACCCCCCUCAUUCAUUCCCCCUUCACCACGGUCACCAACCCUGAAUACUGCUAUCGCAAACCCACCCCCCUCCCGCCCUCCAAGCGUACCAUUACCGCCAAUUCCUGGUCCUUCGCGUAUUUCAGAAUCCGACGCAGCUCUACUCUUGGGUUCGACAAGGAACUCAAAGUACAGUACCUCAAGUAGAACUGACUCAAUUGCAAGUCUUGCCAGCGCCAAAAGCAAUGGUUUUCACUACACAUAUUCACCCAACGACCGCACCAGAAGGCGCGACUCAACUUCGUCCAGCCUUUCAAACAGUUCCAAGGCCUCUCGCAGCGUGUCUGACAGGUCGUUACGGGGACAUGAAGCCAUAAGAGAGUCGCAUUUGGAAGAUAGAGACGAUAUUUCAAUUUUUGACCCGGCAGAUGCAUACGGAGGAACGGCAUCGAGCGGAGACGAGGUCGAGCGUCAGGAGCAGUUGACGAAGAUCAGAUUGUCACCUAUGCCCGUAGACAAUGACCAGCACCUGGCUCCCGACAAUAACUAUUCGCCGCCGUUGUCUGCUCGAUUCCCUCAACCACCACCGCUCUCUUCGAAGGAUCAUGACAGGCUUACCAUAAAGCGAUUGUCACUAUCUAGCUCGGUAUCAUCAGCAUCUGCUUCCAAAGGACUACCACUCACUCAUAAAGAACCUUCGUUUCGCCAUCGAGAUAUUGAAACACCAGAGUCUGGUGACAUCUCAAUAUCAUCCAUUUCUAUGCACGACUUGCCUCCCGACGAUGACUUCGGUAGCGGAGAGGAAUUCGACAUACCUACCACUACCAACUAUCCCCUACCGCCUAGGAUACAGCGUCCGCCGUCAUCGAAAAUUCUGACAAUGAACCAGCCGCCCACUGUACCACAUCCUUCUCUUCUGACCCCCGGGACACCAUUAUCACCAGGGACGCCUCUGAUAUGUCAGACACCGCCGACACCGCAGUCACCCGCGUUUAGGCCACCGCCGUCACCACAUACCUCCGUUUUACCUCCCACCUCACGGCAGGGAAGGACCCGAUCCAGUAUUUCGAAACCGGUUGCUCCUAGUGACUGCGACGACAGCUCAGAUUUAGGAGGUUUACAGCCUUUAACCUUAACGUCAGUCGCAACCCCUACCCCAACUAUUGCAACGGAAUCACCAUCGCAAUCAUUUCCUGAACAACACUCACAUGCACCUAUCGAAUUUCCAACGAAAAUCCAAUUCCCGCCUUCUGCAGAUUACAUUCUCACCGAUGACCCUCUCUUGCUACACCGUGAACUUCGUUCGGCCCGUUCAAGGAGCAUAAGCCAUAAGAAACGGCUGAACGGCUCUAAACAGACAACUCCAGAAAGUUCCCCUGUUCCGGAACAACCAGGGGAUGAUACGUUUCAAUCCAAUGCUGUGCUUCCGCAAACCACAAGGAGCAGUAGUGUGAGCAUUUCUGUGGCAGAAAGGGCCACAGGUAAACGCGCCAUGACUGUCCCGCCACCUUCAUCAUUCAAAACCAACACUUCUAAACAGGCUACCGAUAGCCGUGCUAAUUCGCCUGACAUUGAAGAUUUGUUGGAAACUACGCCAAGACCGAGGAGGGGAAGCAGUUCCGGCAAAUUGAGUGGGCGAACUAGUGUAAGUUCGUACCGUUCAGGACGUUCCAGGAGCGCGUCGAUGCCGAGGAAAAAUAGACAAACUGUCAGUUCUACUGCGAAUCCAGAUGUUCAGAGAAGGGCGAGUGAAGGGUUGUCCAGAGAAUCCCGGGAAAGUCGCUUCGCGAGGUUGGAACGAGAGUUGGAAGGAAUUGGGAGUGACGAAGAAUCACUGGGAGGUUACCCUGCAGACCAAGGUCGUCUGUUCGAAGACGCCCGGAGGUCAACGGGAAGUGAUGAUCUUUUGAUGGAGGACGAUGAAGGGAGCGCUAGCGAUUCGAGUUUGGAUAUCCAUACGCCCUUGCCGCACUUGUUACUUCGAGAUGGUGCGCUGUCCCACAAAUCCAAGUUACUACCAUCGACCUCGUUAUCUUCGACGGAUUCCGUCGAGUCUUUGACUUCCUUGACUGGUAGACCAGGUAGCGUCAUCAGCGUCCGAUCGACCGAUUCGAAAGCGAGUUUGUUCAAGGAUACUCGGGAUACACCUGUACGGCGGUUGAGACACAAGGAUGGAAAGUUGCUGAAGGGUGGAUUGGGUCUUACUACAGGACUGGGAUGGAGUGAUAGCGAAGACGAAGACGCUCCUUCGCCUCUUACUCGGCGUCUAUCAUCUGUUGUACUCUCAAAGAAGACAUCCCUUAUCUCACUCGCUCGUGGUCGUCCUUCAUCUAACAUCCAUGAAAGCAAGUCGCAUGGAAAUUUGCGUGCCUCAUCCUAUUCGACCAGGAGCGGGAACUCUUCCGGCUUCUCAAGGAGACCGAGUGAUCUUUCGAGCAGUCAGUCAACGACGACGUUACUUGAAGCGGAUGAGUUCGAGUGCUCCGAUGAUGACAGUUAUGCUAGCGCUACCUAUCAUGGUUACUCUCCCGGUACACAACAAGUUAGAGGACUAAUCUCAUCUGGAAUGCCUCCGAGUUCGUGGCAGCGUGGCUUUCGACAAGCUAACAGUAUUGGGAGUCGAAGGGGUGUGAGUUCCGCUUCUUCGCUCGCCCUUUCAAUCCCGCCUCCCGCAACGACACCAAACUCCAAAGCUUGCGGAAAAAUAUUAUCGAGGUCAACUUCAGAGUCCUCCAUUCGUGGCCCCGCACAUUUCCAGUACGCCGCUCCCGAAGAGCUUUCGAAGACGCCAUCUAGUUCGUCUUCUGUCUCAUCAGUCUCAAUACCCGCUCCAUUGACCCCGAAGGAUGACGAAGUCCAUACACCCACACCUCACUCCGUUAUUAGGACAGACCCAAACAAAAUCCUACCGCCUCUACCGAAUCCUAAAACAGGGAGCAUUAGAAGGCCUGCAGCGCCUGGUCUAGCAGCUAGAUUUGCUUCACCAGGUUAUACAAGCCCUAGAGGUAGAUCGAACUCCAUCGGAACAACAUUGUCUACCUCUUCCUCCGCACCUGCUGUCAGCGAUGCACCGCCUCUACCUAAUACUGGUAUCUCUGCUUCCUCAUCCACUUCAUCCCUUAAACCAUUGAAACUACCUCGAUAUUCCGCCGGAGUUUCUCAGAAGCCUGCUCUGGUUCCUACUGUGUCUGGUACCGAAAACCAACUGCAUACCUCUCCUACGCCCACACCCACACUACCUACAACACCAUUGACAAUAUCGUCUGGUUUACCUAAACCUAGAACGGGAACCGGGAUGACCUAUCGAAAGAGCUCAAGUAGUCAGACGCUCCGGAUGCCGUCCUCUCCCAUGUUGCGCACGCCAUCAGCGACGCGCUUUUAGACAUGUCUUGGCUUUUCGUUACAUUCUUUCUCUUGUCCCUCUAACACGUAUCUAGGAUACCCUACUUAACUCUUACCACAACACAAUGGAUUCCCUUUCCUAGUUUUCGUUCUGUAUACAUAUUACAUUGUUUUCUGUUUACAACGACAUACUACUAUCCUCCCUGGAUUAUCUUUCGUCUUUCUAAUUGGAUUUUUCAGAGAUCUCUGGGAUAAUGAUAAUCUGUUUUGUACUUGUAGCAAACUUUCACUGACCAAACCGCGGACGACGGGGUGAUGGAUAUUGACUCGUGGGAUUCAUCAUACAAAUACCGUUUGACCUGUGUCAUGAUCAUGAUUUCCCUCUUACCAACUACUGCUCAAGCGCUCACCCCUCUCAACCUCUCUUGAUUUGAUUGAACGCACACGCAGGCAAUGGUGUUCGAUAACGAUUCCCAGUCCAAACAUCAGAACCGUCUUAACUCCCUUGCCCGCUACAUUGAAUCUGAGAAGUGCAAGAAUGUUGUUCUAAUG